UACAUUUUAUUCUAUUACAAAUACCAUGAUUUAAUUAAUGAAAUUAGCUAUCAUUUGUGAUCUGGUUAGUGAGAACAAUUAAGGAAAGAGAGUAGAACCAUGGAAGAGAAAAAGAAUUUCUCUGGCACUUCUCUCCUUGUGCCAUCAGUUCAAGAGUUGGCCAAGGAUAAUAUUUCAGCAGUUCCACCAAGAUAUAUUCAAUCUCAACUUGAAGAAUUGGUCAUCAAUGAAAGUGAUAAUAUUCUUGAAAUUCCAAUUAUUGAUAUGAAUAAAUUGCUUUCUUUAGAAUUUGGGAGUGAAGAAUUGGCUAAGCUUCACCUUGCUUGCAAAGAUUGGGGAUUCUUUCAGUUGGUAAAUCAUGAUGUUUGUUCUUCCUUGGUGGAGAAAGUAAAGUUGAAGAUUCAAGAGUUUUUCAACCUUCCAAUGUCCGAAAAGAAAAAGUUUUGGCAAACUCAACAACACAUGGAAGGAUUUGGACAAGCAUUUGUUGUGAGUGAAGAACAAAAGCUUGAUUGGGCUGACAUGUUUUACAUGACCACACUUCCUAAACACUCUAGAAUGCCUCACUUAUUUCCACAACUUCCACUUCCUAUCAGAGAUACUCUGGAGCUUUACUCCAUAGAAAUGAAAAAGCUGUCCAUGAUAAUUGUUGAAUAUAUGGGAAAAGCCUUGAAAAUGGAUGAAAAAGAAAUGAAUAUCAUAUUUGAAGAUGGGAUACAAUCGAUGAGGAUAAACUAUUACCCUCCAUGUCCUCAACCAGAAAAGGUUAUUGGGCUAACACCACAUUCAGAUCCUGUAGGUGUCACUAUCCUCCUACAACUCAAUGAAGUUGAAGGACUCCAAGUAAGAAAAGAUGGCAUGUGGGUCCCAGUUAAACCUCUUCCUAAUGCCUUCAUUGUCAAUAUUGGAGACAUGCUUGAGAUUGUAACUAAUGGAAUAUACCGAAGUAUUGAACAUAGAGCAACUGUGAACUCUGCAAAAGAAAGACUGUCUAUUGCAACAUUUUGUUCAAUAAGACACAACGGAGAGAUAGGUCCCGCAAAAAGUUUCAUCACCGAAGAAACACCAGCACGAUUCAAAGCAAUUGGACUGGAAGAAUACUUAAGGAAUGUUUUUGCUCGUAAACUUGAUGGAAAGUCUUACCUAGAUGCUAUGAGGAUAUAGCAUCUCUAACUAAGUUAUUGAAAUUGGUGUAGUAUCAUAUAUGUCAAUGUGUGUUGGGAUUGGAUCCUCUCCUUCUAUUAUUUCUCUCCAAUUAUCUCGUUCACAAAUUUGUCUCUAUCUCUCACUAACAUUUUCCCUCUCUUCUUUUUAUAUAUUAUUUUUUAUUAAUGUUUAUUAUUAUUACACUUGGUUGAUUGAAGGAGAGGGAUAUAUGGAAGGAGAUGAUCCAAUGUGAUGUGUGUUUUGUUACUAAACUUAAUCAUCAUAAAUAUUAAAUAAAUAGAUGCUCACAUAAGCAAUGAGUAGUUGUUGUUUUAUAUACAUAAUUUUUAAAUUUAUAGAGUAAAACUUUAAAUUUUUCUUAGGUUU